CCCCAGCAUGCCACACAUGAAACCAUCCACAUCCAGACACAAAAUCUCCAUCACAAUGCCUUCAAACACAACCAUCCUGAAGCCUCAAACCAAGAAAACAGGAAGGAAAAUCAAAGCUGGAAACUCUCCUGUUGAGAAACUUCCAGUUUAUGAGCCGAACAUUCCAGAGCCGUCGACCAGAGAGGAGCUGCUCAAAUACUGGAUCAAUGUUUCUCUGGAUGAACGAACUGCCAAUAAGAUGCUGUGGCUGACAGAGGGCGGAGCUAAAGUGUCCCGCAUGACAGAUGAGGUGUGCCCUUACCUGGACAGACCAGAGAGAUUCGACCACAGCCCGCAGGUGCUGUGUAAGGAGUCGGUGUGGGCCUCACGUUGUUAUUGGGAGGUGCAGUACUCCGGUUGGGCUGUGAUCGGGGCGGUGUAUGAAUCCGCUGGCAGGAGGACAGGAGACGGUGCCUGUGGCCUCGGGGAGAGCGAGGAAUCCUGGGGAUUGGGUUGGGCAGGAUCCUGCUAUGACGCCUGGCACAAAGGAACCAGCAGCAAGGUGUCGAACGUGCCUCAGUGCCACACCAUCGGCCUGUAUGUGGAUCAGCCUGCAGGCCUGCUCUGCUUCUACAGCAUCCAGAUGCAGGAAGACACCAAGAAAAGAGAAGUGAAGCUAUUACACAGAUUUAAAAACCCCAUCAAGGAGAAGCUCCUGCCCGGUUUCUGGAUGGGAAGACAGUCCUCCUGCUUAAUACUGAAGAAAGAGGAAUGAGGAAAUCACAUGCUUGAAAAUGUACAUAAUAAAUAAAACUCUAGAUAUAAAGUUGAAGUCAGAAUUCAGAAUUCAGAAGUCAGAAUCGCCCUCCUGUCCACUUGCUUUUCUUUAUCAAAUAUUUCCCAAAUGAUGUUUAACAGAGCAAGAAAUUUUCACAUAUUUCCUAUAAUAUUUUUUCCUCUGGAGAAAGUUUUAUUUGUUUUAUUUCAGCUUGAAUAAAAGCAGUUUUAAAAUUUUUUAAAACGUUUUAAAGUCCUAAUUAUCAGCCCCCUGCAGCAAUAUCUGUUUUGGAUAGUCUACAGAACAAACCACUGUUAUACAAUGACUUGCCUAGUUACCCUU